AUGCUUAGUCGUGCGAUUCAUGACAUUUUUCACUUGAAGCGACUUCAUGCGAUCAUGCCUGACCAUUCCCUCGGACUCAUUCUCAAGGAUAAAUUAUGCAGGUUGAAUCUCAAACCGGCGCUUGAGGACCUUAAGAUCCGUACAAAGCAGCAACCAACACCUGUGAGACCAAAGAAAGAGCGUUGCAUUGACAAAUCCUGCGUGCCCGACCCUUCCUCGCUUUGCCAGCUUCUCGAAUGUCUGGCCUAUUUUGAGCUUGGUAAAUCCAAGGUUACAACUGAUGCGAUGCAGCUGGUGCGGUUUUGCCUGCCCACUUUGAAUAGUUUUUACCUUUCCAAGACUCUCGCAGCAUCGUGCGCUCUUGGCCAACAUGAUUCGUCAGGCCCUGCUAUUGUUUUAUUGGCUUCUGCGCUUAGAAGUGGACCAGAGAGCGACCCCGUUCGAUUUGAUCCGACUUCAUCAUGUCCAACCUCAGCCACUUCGGUAAGCAUGGCGGCAAACACUUUUUCAGACUGUGAGAGUGGUGUGGUAAAGGGCGGUUCAAACAUCAUUUUGCUUAUGGAGUCUCUUCAAAAGGCCGAUGUGCACCAGGAGGAGGUGUGGAGUUUGGUAGCUGAGCACUGUGUUCGCUUUCUUGAUAGCUUUGACGGUAAGGAGCUGUUUCGAAUCAUCGAGCUCUUUUAUCUAGAAGGGAUGACCUACUACCCAGAUUUUUUCGUAGCGGCAGAGAGCUAUAUUGCUCGCCAGGUUUCUUCUUUCAUGCCUGCUGAGUUAUUGCAGCGGCUGAUCACGUACUACAAGGAGCUAGGGCAGCCGGUCGUAUCAUUGCUAUCAUCGUGUUCAGGGCAAUACACUGAUGGGUUCAAUACCGGACUGGCGGUUGCAGCAGCAAAGGUUCGGGCAAUCAGUGGGAAUAACGGCGAACGCGACUAUGGUACCAAAAUGCAUGCUCAGAAAAAAAAAAAACACAACCACUUGGCAACGUGCUUGAACGGAAAGGGAGUAACUAUGAUUACUCCAUUGUACCGGAAAGCUUCGUUGAUACGGCUUCUCGCACCUUCAGUGAGGUUGGCGCUCAAGAGUUGCUGGAACUCAUUCAGCGGUGUGAGUUGA